ACGGGGAAGAGAGCAGGCUGGCGCUGGGAGGGCGGCCUUGGAGUCCGCUGCGCCCCGCCAGGGUCAGAAGUUGGCCCGGUGUUUGUUCUUCCCGAGGAAAGAAAACCGCGGGAGAGCGCUGAGUGGCGGAGAACUACAUUCAGCCAGUGGGCAUGAAAAUGACUUUUAGAGGCUAUGUGCAAAAACCCUAGGUGUGUGGACAGAAGGGAGCCAGCCAGAAGGUUACAACAGGUCAAGAAUAAAUAACCACCAGGCGGAGGAUCCCAGAUUCUGUCCUUCCUUUUGUUGGGUGAGGAGCGCCAGGCACACGCGUCCACAAAGGCUUUGGAAAGAAGCGGUUCGGCAGUCCCCACGCGGCUCCAGUCCCGGCUGGAGGACUUACAGAAGAACCGAAGUGUCACCAGCGGGAGCACCACAAAUGUUUGCGACAGGUCAGGUUCUCUCUGAGGAAGAAGGAAAGCUUCAGAGAAGCAGGGGACAGAGCAGCAUUUUCAGCCUGUGACUCUGUGCUGACGAGUCUCCACGAUACAGUCUCACUCAUGCCACAGAUGGGGUGAAAGAGAGUGAAGCUCACUCAAACUUUGGGAAUAUUUAUUGCAAGAAAAGGACACACAAUAGACGUGCAGAGUACAGAGAGCUCGUAUUGGCUCUCUAGGAGGAUUUGACCAUCUGGAUAACAGCUUUGGAAAUCAUUUGGAUAAAUGAUACCAUUUGGAGGAGAGCCUUCCAAACUAAAUCUAAAUGCCAGAACCCCUUCAAGAAGUGGUACAGGCAUGGAUGGGAAGAAGUGCAGCGUAUGGAUGUUUUUACCUCUUGUAUUUACUUUGUUUACUUCAGCUGGCUUAUGGAUAGUAUACUUUAUAGCUGUGGAAGAUGACAAAAUUUUCCCAUUAAAUUCAGCUGAAAGGAAACCGGGCGUGAAGCAUGCACCCUAUAUAAGUAUUGCAGGUGACGAGCCUCCUGCAAGCUGUGUGUUUAGUCAAGUCAUGAACAUGGCAGCAUUCCUAGCUCUCGUGGUAGCUGUUCUGCGCUUCAUACAGCUGAAACCCAAGGUUUUAAAUCCAUGGCUGAAUAUUAGUGGAUUGGUGGCACUGUGUCUGGCCUCCUUUGGGAUGACCUUACUCGGUAAUUUUCAGCUCACGAAUGAUGAAGAAAUCCACAAUGUCGGAACUUCCUUGACCUUUGGAUUUGGCACGUUGACCUGCUGGAUCCAGGCCGCACUGACACUCAAAGUCAACAUCAAGAAUGAAGGCCGGAAAGUUGGAAUUCCACGAGUUAUUCUCUCAGCAUCUAUCACUCUCUGUGUGGUCCUCUAUUUCAUACUCAUGGCCCAAGGCAUCCACAUGUACGCAGCCAGGGUGCAGUGGGGUCUGGUCAUGUGCUUCCUGUCUUAUUUUGGCACUUUUGCUGUGGAGUUCCGGCAUUACCGUUACGAGAUUGUUUGCUCCGAGUACCAGGAGAAUUUCCUAAGCUUUUCGGAAAGCCUGUCCGAAGCUUCUGAAUAUCAAACCGACCAGGUGUAACCUAUCAGCUUUUCCUUGCCUGUGAGGUGGGUGUGCUGGGGGAAGGAGCCAGAAGGACACACCCACAGGACUUGGUCCAUAACCUCAUCACACAUUUUACACACACACACACACACACACGUUCAUGGCCACAUUUGCCAAAUGAGCUUUUCAGGGCAAGUUACUUCUUUAACGAAAAAGCACAAGCCCUUAUGUGUCGAAAUACCUGCUGUUACAUUGAAAAUAUAUGCACGACAGAGCAAGAAGCUUGUGCAUGAUCACUUCUCUUUUCCCUCUCUCCCCCAGUACUCCCUGCUCUUCUCAUUCUCUUCACGUAUUUCAGACAUUGUGAUCACCCUGCCACAGAGUAGGGCAGGCCAAAUGUAACAUGGGAAUAAUGCCAACUCCCAAAGUUGCCUUCAGAUCCAAAGGGCUUGGAACCAGCUCAUGAGGAAGUUCUGAAUCUGGCACUAAUACUCUUGAAUGGACUGAGUAUCAUCAAGAACUUCCCCAUAAAAACUCCCUUCAUCACUGUUCAGUGGUCAGCUGUGUGGAGUCAAUGAGAGGAAUAUGCUACAAGCCCACCACCAUGAUUUGGACUUUACUGUGACUGAGAAAUAUUUCCAAAUGUGAAUAUUCGUAGGGACGUGGUCUGCCAGGCAUGGAACAAGAUGGGGGCAGUGAGGGUAUGGUUUCGUUUUUGCUUCCAUAGUAUGCUAUGUACAGCUUUUGUUUUAUAUUUCAUAGUUUGCCUUCUUUUUUUAAGUAACUACCGUGGGUCUCUCAAGAGACAUGGACAAAGAAGAUGUAGGCCAAAUGAAAGAGCUGAGCUUGUUUUGGGUUCAACCAUGAUAAAAGCAAAAAAAAAAAAAA